CGAGGCGGGAAGCGCGAGUGGCGGCGCCAUGGCGCGAGCAUGGCAGCACCCAUUCCUCAACGUCUUCAGACACUUCAAGGUGGACGAGUGGAAGCGGUCCGCCAAGGAGGGCGACGUGGCCACCGUGACGGACAAGACCUUGAAGUGCACCGUGUAUCGGGUCCGGGGUUCUGUCUCUGCCGGCAAUUACAUCCAGCUCCCCAAAACCAGCACCCAGUCUCUGGGGCUGACAGGACGAUACCUGUAUGUGCUCUUCCGGCCCCUGCCCCCUAAGCACUUCGUCAUCCACCUGGACGUGUCCACGGAGGACAGCCAGGUCAUCCGCGUGUCCUUGUCCAACCUCUUCAAGGAGUUCAAGUCCACAGUCACAUGGCUUCAGUUCCCCUUUAUCUGUGAGGCCGGAACAUCCAAGAAAGACCUGGCAGGUGUGCCCCCCACUGGUGCCCGCUGGACCUGCCUGCAGCUCGACCUGCACGACAUCCUCCUGGUCUACCUGAACCGGCGCUACGGCCACCUCAAGGGCGUCAGGCUGUGUGCCAACCUGCUGGUCAGGAGCCUCUAUACCAGCGACCUAUGCUUUGACCCCGCUGUCACCGCCACGGAGGCCCGGCGGGCAAAACUGCCUGUCACUCCCAUGCCACGAGAAAUGGCGUUCCCGGUGUCGAAGGGGGAAAGCUGGCAUGACCGCUACAUCCACAUCCGGUUUCCAAGCGACAGCUCAAAAGCACUCUCCAAGCCGGUUCAGAAGAGCUGUGUCCCUCCUGAGGCAGGCCUCUCGGCACUCUGCUCCACUGCAGGCUUCCCGGGGCAUGUGCCACGGCUUCUCUCUCACCCGGCAACCUUCAGCAAGCCCACACAGGACAGCGUGUCCCCCAUGGUCCAGAUGUUUGGCCCCACAGCUUCCUGCCGAAUUCCUUCAGCACCCAGGCCCCUUCCAGAGGUCAGCCUGUUCUGUGAGCACUCGGAGAUCUCCAGUGUGGGUGGCCCCAGUGGCCAGAGCCAAGAGCCCUCAGCCUGGGAGCAGGCCACUGACAAGCAUGCAACUGGCAGCAGCAUUCAUGUGUCUGCCCAUGAGUUGGCUGUGGUGCCUGUGGCCCCCGAGGAUGUGGCCCUGCACGAGCCUCCCUGCAGAAAGCAGAGCGGGCAGGAGGCGGCUUUGGGCAAGAAUCGUUUUCAACAAAGAGUAAGGAGAGGCUGUGGCCCUGCUCCCCACUCCCAGCCUCAGGUGGUGUCGGGGCUCCGGGCUCCAGGCAGGGGCAGGACCCAGGGUCCCUGGAGGGUCUGGCACUGCGACCAGAAUCCUGGCUUCCUGCCACAAAGCAGUGGGCAGGGCCUCCCUCCUGGGGUCUCACUGGGAGUUUGUCUGUUUCAGAGCUUCCUCCCAGAUCCCAUCCUGAGGCUCAAGGGGGUCAUCGGCUUUGGGGGCCACAGCACCAAAUGGGCCCUGUGGACCAAGGACGGGGCUGCUGUCGUGUACCCCUGCCAUGCAGUCAUCGUUGUCCUGAACAUUGAGUCCCGGGAGCAGCGCUUCUUCCUCGGCCACACGGAGAAGGUCUCUGCUCUGGCACUGGACGGGAGCAGCUCGCUGCUGGCCUCGGCCCAGGCGCGGCCCCCCAGCAUGCUGCGCCUCUGGGACUUCCAGACCGGGGGCUGCCUGUCUCUAUUCCGGAGCCCCGUCCACACCAUCUGCUCCCUCAGCUUCUCUGACAGCGGGGCACUGCUCUGUGGCACCGGCAAGGACCGCCACGGGAGGACGGUGGUGGUGGCGUGGGGCACAGACCAGGUGGGGCGAGGUGGCAAGGCGGUCGUUCUCGCAAAGGUGCACACUGACGUGGACAUCCAGGGAUUCGAGGUUGCCUUUUUUGAUGAAACCAGGAUGGUGUCGUGCGGGCAGGGCAGUGUGCGGCUGUGGCGGCUGCGACAUGGGGGGCUGCGCUCCUGCCCCGUGGACCUGGGGGAGUACCACGCACUGGAGUUCACUGACCUGGCCUUCGGGCAGGACCAGGACGGCUGCACGCUCUACGUGUGCGGCCGCAGUGGCCACAUUCUGGAGGUCGACUACCAGCGCAUGGCUGUGCGCCACGCUCGCCGCCUCCUGCCCACGCAGACCCCCAGCGGCCCCCCCCCACAGAAGCAGACCUUCAGCUUGGGCCCUGGCAUCGCCAUCAGCAGCCUCAGUGUCUCCCAGACCAUGUGCGCUGUAGGCUCCGAGGAUGGCUACCUGCGCCUCUGGCCCCUGGACUUCUCCUCUGUGCUCCUGGAGGCAGAGCACGAGGGCCCCAUCAGCUCUGUCCGCAUCAGCCCCGAUGGCCUCCGUGUGCUGUCCACCACCUCCUUGGGCCACCUCGGCUUCCUGGACGUCCUGUCCCGGGAGUACCACGUGCUGGUGCGCUCCCACACUGCUCCGGUGCUGGCCCUUGCCACCAAGUGCAGCCAGGAGCAGCUGGCCACUGUGUCCCAGGACCACACCGUCCGGGUCUGGGACCUGGUGACCCUGCAGCAGCUGUAUGACUUCACGUCGCCCGACGAGGCCCCGUGCACCAUCGCCUUCCACCCCACACAGCCAACCUUCUUCUGUGGCUUCAGUGGUGGGGCCGUCCGCUCCUUCAGCCUGGAGGCCGCCGAGGUCCUGGAGGAGCAUAGGUGUCACCGAGGAGCUGUCAUCGGCUUGGCUGCCAGCCCCGACGGGAGCCUCCUGUUCAGCUCCUGCUCUCAGGGCACCCUGGCCCAGUACCACUGCGCUGCCACCCGGUGCCGUCUCCUGCGUGUGGCAGCUAAUGUGGUGUGCCAGGAUGCCCACCCGAGCCCCAGUGCCCUGGCGGUCAGCAGGGACAGCUACCUGCUGGCCUUUGUGGGCCCAUCCAAGUACACGGUGACCAUCAUGGACACAGCCUCACUGGACAAGCUUCUGCAGGUUGAUGUCAGCGCCCUGGGCCUCGCCAGCAGCCGCCUGAACUCAGCUGUGGCUGUCUGCUUCGGGCCUGCACCGCCCAGCCACCUGCUGGUGUCCAUGUCGUCCAACGUGGUUGUGGUGCUGGACGCCACGUCAGGGCGCACGGUCCGGGAGGUGAGCCCAGGCAUCCACCCCGCGGCCUGCCCUUCCCUUGCUCUCAGCGGGGAUGGCCGCUUCCUGCUGACGGCUGCUGACCGGGCCAUCAAGGUGUGGGACUACUUGACGCGAGCCAGCCCCGGCUGCCAGAUGUACAUUGGCCACUCGGAGCCUGUGCAGGCCGUGGCCUUCACCCCUAACCAGCAGCAGCUCCUCAGCGUGGGGGACGCCAUCUUCCUCUGGGACAUCCUGGUCCCCCCUGAGAGCGUCCAAGGCUCGCCCGGGGGCCCCCCGACCUGUGAGGCUGGCCCAGGUGCGAGGCAGCCGGAGGACACAGUGUCCGGAGCCGAUGGGCUCCCCCGGCGGCAGGUGCCCGUGCCAUCCCAGGCAGCCCCGCCCCGGCUGGGCGCCUGUGUCGGGCCUCCAGAGGGUGGUGAUGGUAGGGCGGGGGUCCUGGGAGGGCCUGGGCAGGCACGUGCGUCCGCUCCCAUCUUGGUGUGUUUCCCGAUUCCAGGCCUAUGGGGAGGGGCAGGGGUGUGGGGGGCUCCCUCCCUCCUCUCACGGCCCCCCAUCUCCCCAGGCACUUUCUGUGUGUCAGAUGACGAAAGACCUUCUGAGGAGAGCCACGGCCCCAAGGGGCUCCGCCAGGCCUCAGCCUCAGCUGUGCUGCUGAAGGAGGCUGACGGGGCCACAGACGGGGCCUGGGGGGCUGUGGUUGACUCCUGGGGCCUUGGCGUGCCUCCCCAUCCCCGUGGCCAGCCUAAUGCCCAGAGCACCAGGAGAACCAGAGCCCGGCCUGCCACCUACCCGGACUCCUACAAGCCCUUCACGGCAUGUUGCAAGGCCUCCCCGCUGGCCAAGAGCGUCUCCUUCCCCCCUGCCGGUGGCGAAUGGCUGCGCCUGAAGGCCGUCGUGGGCUACAGCGGAAACGGGCGGGCCAACGUGGUCUGGAGGCCAGACACAGGCUUCUUCGCUUAUGCGUGUGGCUGCCUGGUGGUGGUGGAAGACCUGCACUCUGGUGCCCAGCAGCACUGGCUCGGCCACCCUGAGGAGAUCUCCACACUGGCCCUCAGCCACGACGCCCAGGUCCUGGCCUCUGCUUCAGGCCGCAGCAGCACUGCCUCCCACUGCCAGAUCUGCAUCUGGGACGUGUCUGGGGGCUCCUGCCGGCAGCUUGUUUCUCACCACGACACUGCCGUGCGAGCCUUGGCUUUCUCACCGGAUGAUGGGCUCCUCGUCACACUGGGGGACUAUGGCGACUGCACCCUGGCCCUGUGGAGCAUGUCUUCCUGCGAGCUCCUGUCCUCCACGCGCCUCCCAGAGCCGGUGCACGGCGUGGCCUUCAACCCCUGGCACACCGGAGAGCUGGCCUGCGUGGGCCAGGGUGCUGUCACCCUGUGGCUCCUGCAGCGGCACGGGGCUGACAUCAGCCUCCAGGUGCACCGAGAGCGCAUCCCCGAGGAGGUGGGGGUGGGUGAGCUGACCUCGCUCUGCUACGGGGCCACGCCCCUGCUCUACUGUGGCUCCAGCACUGGCCAGGUCUGUGUCUGGGACACGCAUGCCAGCCGCUGCUUCCUGGCCUGGGAGGCAGACGACGGUGAGAUCGGAGUGCUGCUGUGCUCGGGCGCGCAGCUGGUCAGCGGCAGCAGCACCAGGCGGCUGCGUCUGUGGGCCGUGGGGGCCGUGCCGGAGCUGAGGCGCAAGGGCUCGGGCGCUGGCUCCGUGUUCAUGGAGCGCGAGCUGACCCUGGACGGGGCCAUCGUGGGCGCGGUCUUCCACGACAGCAUGGACAUGGGUGUGGUGGGCACCGCGGCAGGCACGCUCUGGUACGUCAGUUGGGCUGAAGGCACCAGCACCCGCCUCGUCAGUGGCCACAGCAGCAAGGUGAACGAGGUGGUCUUCAGCCCCAGCGAGUCCUACUGUGCCACGUGUGGUGACGACGGGAGCGUGAGGGUGUGGUCCUUGGUCAGCAUGGAGCUGGUCAUCCAGUUCCAGGUUCUCAACCAGAGCUGCCUCUGCCUGGCUUGGAGCCCCCCGUCCUGUGGACGCCCAGACCAGCAACAGGUGGUGGCGGGCUACAGCGAUGGCACGCUGCGUGUCUUCAGCAUCUCUCGAACCUCGAUGGACCUCAAGAUGCGCCCCUGUGCAGCUGCGCUGACGGCCAUAGCCUUCUCUGCUGACGGUCAGACCAUCCUCUCUGGAGAUAAGGAUGGGCUUGUGGCCGUGAGCCGCCCCUGCACGGGGAUGACUUUGCGUGUACUGAGUGACCACCGGGGCGCCCCGAUCUCCGCCAUCCAGACAACGAGCAAAGAGUAUGGAGACUUCGGAGUGGAGGGCACGGACCUGUGGCUGGCCGUCAGUGGGGAUCAGCGGGUCAGUGUCUGGGCCUCCGACUGGCUGCGGGACCGCUGUGAGCUCGUGGACUGGCUGAGCUUCCCGGCACCUGCCCUCAUGGAGUCUCCCGGCUGCCCACCACCGUCCCUCGCUGCUUUCUGCCCCUGGGACGGAGCGCUGCUGGUGUGUGCGGGCCUUGGUGUGCACCGGGACGUGGUCUUCUACAGCCUCCGCCAGAAGCAGGUGGUGGAGACGAUCCCGUUGCCUUUCUUUGCUGUGUCCCUGAGCCUGUCCCCUGGGGCCCGCCUUGUGGCCGUUGGCUUUGCUGAGCAUGUGCUGAGGCUGGUGGACUGUGCCUCAGGGGCCACGCAGGACUUCGCUGGCCACGUCGACUCGGUGCAGCUCUGCAGGUUCACCCCGUCUGCCCGGCUGCUCUUCACGGCGGCCCACAAUGAGAUCUUGGUGUGGGAGGUCACCAGCCACUGAGCGCAGUGAGGACCGCGGGGUCAGGUGCGCCCUGCUGGUCAACUUGGGUGCUUGGCCAAGAAGCUGUGUUGGCCGAGGGCUUCACGCGGGGCCAGGAGGGCUCGGUGGGCUCAGGGCGGUGUGUGAAUUGUCAGGACCUUGAGCAUAUGUAAAGUGCUCGUUGGCUCUUUACCUGAGGGCUUUUCUAUGUCUCUACCUUGUACAGUUCAAAUAAACGUGGGCAUUGUGUCA